AGAAGACGGCUUCCUAAUAUCCGAUAAUAGAAGCCUAUUAUGUUCCAUCAAAGAGAAAGGUCUGGAUUGCGAUGCAUUCGUCUUAACUAUUUUGUUCAGUCUUUGCCUACUUACAAUGAUGGUGAAUGAAAAUGGAUUUAUAAAUAUGGAUUCUGUCUAUGCCGGUAACGGGACCGGAUACUCUGAUGAUGAGCUUUACGACGGGUAUCAGGACUACUACAUCAUCGUCCCCACACCAGCAGAAACAUUCGUUCACUACUUCUACCUGAUCGUGUUUCCCUACUUUCUGUUUUUCGGCACGUUUGGUAACAUCAUCAGUACAGCACUUCUAAGCAGAUACAGUCACAAUGUAUGGUCAACGUGUGUGUAUAUGACACUGAUUUUCCCACUGGACUUAAUAAAGCUUUAUGUUGAGUGUGGAAAUGACUGGAUUGGGGAAUUAAGCAACAAAGAAUUAAAUUUGAGCGCAAAGAUACUGCUUAUGUCAAAUGCAGUUUGUAAAGUAUACACUUUCGUCUAUUCGUUACUGUUGCAAGAAGUUAGAUGGAUACUUGUUGCAAUAGCAAUAGAGACGAUGAUUGUCCUCAAAACGCCGACGCGUAUCUACAAUAUGUGCACGAGAGAACGAGCGAACGCGAUUAUGCUGUUCAUAUCCGUGAUGCUCAUAACUCUAGAUUUACAUUUCUUCUGGACGCACGGACUUGUUCGGCCGGGGGAUGACCCCUCUAUCUCAUUCUUUAUGUGUACAUACGUCAAUGAGCUGUCGGAUGACUUCAGAGACUACAUUUGGCCAAAUAUAAACUUCUUCAUAAAGGACAUUCUUCCAUGCUGCAUCAUUCUUGGUUGUAUCGUAGUUUCCAUAACAGGUUUGGUAAGGAAAUCUAGCCGAGUUUAUGACAACUACCUGGAAAAAUAUUUUCUAGACACGAAAGCGCUUCGAGAGCUUUCAAAGGCCAUGUUUGUUGUAUGUAUAGUUAGUUUUCUAUCAACCAUGUGUGACAUCAUCGAAUAUUCUCUCCUUUUUAUGAUCAACAGCGGUAUUCUUGAAAUAGAAUAUGACAAAAAUAUCCUUAUAAUGAGUUCAUUAUCAGUAUCUAAGAAUAUAUUUGUCAGUCAUAAAUUCUGGAUUUUCUACGUGUUUUGUGAAAGGUUUAGAAGUGAUGUCAAAAACCUUUUUCGAGCAUUGUGUAGACCGUUUAAAUGGAGAGCUGGACGCAAGUUCAACCGUCGUUACGUGGAAGAGAGCCAAGAGCGAGAAAUAACAUUGCCAGAGAGUGAAGCAUGCCUUAACGAACACUUUGUGGCGACCUAUUCAGAAAACAACGCUUUGUAAUUACCUUACUGAUGACGAAUGGAGUUCACGGAGCACAUUCCAGUUUAUGUUGUAAUUUACUAAACUGGCGGAUAUUUAAGGGCAAUGAUAAGUUUAUGAAAUAACAACAAAUGACACUGAAAUAGAUACGGAGGAAAAAACGUUCCGAUCACUUGUAGAUUAUGACAAUAUAAAAGUAUGAAGACAUGUGCACCGUUUUGUAGAUAUGUGCUGUAUGUAAUAAUCUCCAUUUAGGUAUAUUUGCCAUAA